CAGGAACUGUUCCUCUCAGAGCCAGUGGUCUGAAAUCAUACAGGAGAUCAGUUAUCCUCCUGCUGGCCUGCUUGUCGGUCAGGAACCAGACCAAGAGCUUUGUUGCUUCGUAGGUGGUGAGUGACGAGUCUGAAUGCUGGACAACAUGACCAACAACAGCAGUUGUAUGGAAGCUGAGAGCCUUGUUGCUUCUGCGUUAACCCCCAUGUUGAUCUUGGACUUCAUUUUGGGCUUGCCGGGAAACGUCCUAGCAUUAUAUCUCCUUGCCUUUAAGGCUCCAUGGAAGCCGGCCAAUAUUUACCUCCUCAACAUGGUGGUGGCUGAUGUCCUGCUGCUCAUUGCCCUUCUCUUUCGCAUCGACAGUGUGCUGCGUGGGAGAUGGAUUUUUGGAGAUCCCUUUUGCCGCAUCCACUUCUUCAUGCUGUCAGUAAACCAGUCAGCAAGCAUUGCUUUCAUGACUGUUUUGGUAGUGGAUCGCUUCUACAGGAUAGUUUACCCACACCAUCCUGUUUGUCACCUGAGCAUUCAGAACACAGUAAAGGUGGCCUGUGGAGUCUGGGUAGUUGUGGUGACCCUUUGCAUUCCUCUGCUCGUGACUCGACGACUGAGAUCAUCUGGAAACUCAUCUGUUUUACUUUGCCAAAAUAUUGAUAUAUGGACAGACACUGGAGCAGGCAUGAGGGUUCAUAAUUCACUUCAGAUGAUAGAGUUUGCUGUAGCUUUCCUGUUAGUAGUCUUUUCUUCUGUGCGUAUCUAUUACCACAUUCUGGGUAACAGGAAGCUCAGAGAGCAUCGAAGAGUGAAACGGACCAUCUACUUACUUUUGACUGUUCUGAUCAUGUUCACCUUUUGCUUCCUGCCCAAUUACAUCACAGGCUUUGUGGCUUUCUUCCUCGGAGAUGUCUCCACAUGCUCCUCGUACAUAGCUGUGGGUCAAGUGUUUAGUAUUACUUUAUGCAUUGUGUUUUUAAACAGUGCCCUGGACCAGCUUCUGUACAUUUUUUCAAGUGCAUACUACCGAGACACCCUAAAAGAAACAUCUAACUCUACAGGGCUCACCAAGUUUCGACUAAGUGUUAAGGAAACCAGAUCUCCAAGACGAUUUUGAGAAACAGACUGAUAACAAGGAACAGUCCUACCCACAGCCAAAUGACUUUAUUUCACUAUUGUAUAGUAAAGACACUCAUAAUACAUUGCAAGCAGCUCAUCCAGGAAGCCAUGGCCUAAUGGUUAGAGAAGCAGCUUUGGGACAAAAAGGUUACCGGUUUGAUUCCCUUGAUAAGCAGAAAUGGCUGAAGUACCCUUGAGCAAGGCCCCCUAACUGCUCCCCAGGAUGCUCUAGGUAUGUUGCUGUGAGUAAGGAUGCCUGAAAUAUGAUCUAAAGUAUUUGUGCCUUGAACAUUUCUACUUUUACAGUUUUUUUUAAUCUGGUCUUGAGUCUUAAAUUGAAUAUAAGUUGAAUAUAUAUUUUGUGUGAGCAAUGUUUUCUGCUCUUCCUACUGUAACACUAUAAUUUCCCUCAGGAUCAAUAGUAUCUAUCUCUAUAUGCUUAUAAUAAGGUACUGUAUAUCAUCAUAAAUGGAUGUCUGUAUUGUUAACCAUAACAGACAGCUCUGGAAAUUUAUUUAAAGAGAAUAAUUUUAACGGUAGUCACUAUUUAAAUAAGUUAUUUUUUCCAUAGCUGUACCUAUAUUUGUACUCUAAAUGUUAAGGAUUCACAUUUUCAUAUUUCUACUAUAUUCAAGCUUCAACAAAAAUAACAGGCUUUAUGCUUUCAGCUUUCCAGUGUACAGUAUUUAUAUAUCCAGUUCUUUCUUUCUUUCUUUUUUUUUUUAAGAGCAGCAUAUAUUCUUUUGGACCCCAAUAGUCAGUGUGACUGUCAUGGAUGGAUGGAUGGAUGGAUGGAAUGAAUGAAUCAUAUGUUGACACAUUGAGAUUUGAAAGGCUGAAAAGCCUUUAAAAACUAGAUAAUCACAUAUGCAUUUUUCAUUGCUACAAAAUACAGUGAUGCUUGAAAGUUUGU